AUGCCGAGAACGAAACAGACCAGUUACCAACGUGAGGUUGGUGAGAGCAGUAGACGCUCUGUUGAGGAAGAAGAUGUUGACCCUGGGCAUGAAGCUUCGGAUAUCAGAGAAGAAGAUAUCCGGUCAGUUGAGGAUAGCCUAGAACGGCAAGAAAGUAGGGGUGAAAGCAUCGGUAAUGAAGAUGAUGUAGAGGGAUCGGAAAAGCUUGGGGAAGGGGAAGAUGAUGAAGAAGAAGACGACGAGACCGACGAGGAAAUUCGGGCAGACUUCAAUCUUGCUGCUCAAAUCGCAGAAGAAGAGCGUCUCGACGAGGAAUAUGAUUCAGAUCAGGAUGAUCCGAAAUACCUAGAACCCCAAGAAUCCCUAACAGUUAUGAAAUAA